GGACACUGUUUCGGAAACAUGGCAAUCCUUUUGUUUGUUGGAUGUUAAACCUUCUCUGCAUCUCGGUCUCAUCUUUGCCGCAUGCUCUGCAGCCCUUUCGAUGCGCAGCUCCUCAAUCUGACGUUUGUGCGCUCGUGUGACAGCGAGAAGUCGACUGAACAGUAGAUGGCUGAUAGAUUGUCUUUCUGGAGGUUGUUGCAUUAACUUCAGAAUUCCUGCAUUGGAGAUUUUGGGUUAUGUAUCAUUUCUCUUUGAUGAAGCUCUCAGAAUUACGAGAAUCACGACAAUGCUUUGAAGAGUAUCUGAAGAGGUCACUCGACCAUCUUGAGAAACACUGGCACUUUAGGUCAAGUUCGUGAGGCACGAUGAGGGAUGCCGUUACUAAGGGGAAGGAGAUGGGUGCACGGUAUGCUGGCUCACAGGAUCUCGUGCGUGUGUUCAACCGUGCCCUUGAGCUUCUAAGCAGCAAUGCUCUGGAGAGUGAUCAAGAGCUUCUGGAGCUUGUGAAGAAAUCAAAGCGCGAAGUGGAAAAAGAACCAUCCGCUCCUCCUAUUAAAAAACCACGUCGAGGAGCUUCAGAGGUUGGUGACUUCCAGGCCUUGGGGCAUCGCUCCAACUUGGCCAUAUUCACUGGUGACCAUGGAAGCGGGCAGUCCGGGUCUGGAAGCGAAGGCACGCCUGCGCAAUCCACAUCCGGAACCAGUGCUACCGUGGCGCAUGUGCAGGUUCGCCCAAUUCAAGUAAUACGGCAUCCUGGACGGGGAGGUGGAAGAGGCGAAAAACAGAAGCGGAGUAAGGGUACUAGGUAGGAUUGCUUUAUAUAAAAAACAGUAGGAGUUUCCUAUUUUGUGUGCUUCCUGGUGGAUGUUCUGAAACCUGCUUCUGGCUCAUCAAUAGAGAUGCUCAACUUGUAGAUAACAUUUCGCUGCAUUGUGCGGUUAAAACCUCAAAAAUGCUCAUGAAGACUGCAAGUCUCGACGAUACAAAUAUCGGUUUUUACAAAUGGCAUUCUACUUCUUAAAUUAUCCA